AUGUCGGAACAAGAAGAAUCUCAAAGGACUGAACCUUCUCCAGUACCGAAAGAAAGUGUUGAAUUAACCAAAGAAGAAGAUACAGAAGAACAAACUAAAGGUGAGCAACAACAAGAAGAAGAAGGACAACCUGAAGAAUUGGAGAAUGGCAACAAAACCCUGAAUGGCGUUGAUUCUCAUGAUCCAGAAGAAAUCAAAGAUGAACAACAACAAAUUGAAGAUGAUGAUACAAGUAAGGAAAAAGAUGAAAAUGAAGAAGUCAAUUCUAAAUCAGAAGUUUUGCCAGAAGAAUCCACUUCAAGUGAACAGCCUGUAAACAUUGAUAGUUCGGAUAAAGGUGAAACAGAAUCGUUGGACAAUAACACAAAAGAAGUGCCAGAUUCAGAAAACCUAGAAAGCAAAGAAGGCGAACAAGAAGCAAAUGGCGAGCAAGAAACCAAUGGUGACCAAGACAUAAAUGGUGAAUCAGAAACGGCCAUUGCUGAAACUAAAGACGAUAAACCUGAAGAAGAAUCAAAACCGGAAACGCAAUCAACAGAUGCACCAGAGACAGCUACUCCUGUACCAGAAACUGUAAAAGUGACAUCACCUGAAGGACUGACAUCAAUUCCAAGCACUCCUGUAUCCAAUCGUAAUCGUCAACAUUCAAUUUUGUCAAUUGGAUCCAGUGGAACUGUGGAUAAUGCUCAAAUUUUUAAGAAAACUUUUGAAACUAUUCUUGCAUCUAAAGAAGCCAAAAAGGACGAGAACUUUAAGGCUCUUAUUCAACAGUCUCUUGAUUCCUUGAACAAUUCCGAUUCUAGAAACCCCCAGAUCAUUUUCAAUGCUUUGAAAGCAUGCUGUGAGACAUCAAGUACCGAUUUGAAAUCCAAGGCUAUUGAUUUAUUUGCCAAAUUGUUUGAUUAUGCACAAUUCGAUAAUCCAACUGAAAAAACCAAACUAACUAAUGAUUCUGUCAAUGUUAUAUCUGCCUGCUUUGAAGGAGAAGGUACUGAUCCUGAAUUGGAAUUACAAGUGGUUAGAGCAUUGAUGCAUAGUAUUCUUUUAAUGCCAUGCCAUGGGGCUUCUUUGUUGCAAGCAGUAAGACAAAUUUAUAAUGUAUUUAUCUUUUCAUUAACUGCUAGAAAUCAAGCUGUUGCCCAAGGUAUUUUAACCCAAGUUAUUGGUACUAUUUUCCAAAGAGUUGAAGAAUUUAUGAAAUUCAAGAGCAAGACAAGUAGUACUCCUAAAUUAACUACUUCUUCUGAAGAUGAUGAUGUGUUGGAUGCCACUGUUGAACCUAAUCAACCAACUGGGGAAAAACUUACUUUGAAAAGGUUGGAAAAAUUAAAUGAUAGUCUUACUGACGCUGAUCGUGAAAAUAAUUUUGCAAGUGAAACAGAAGAAGAUUUAGCGGUUAAAGAUGCAUUUUUGGUAUUCAGAGCCAUGUGUAAGCUUUCCAUUAAAUCAUUGGAUUCUACCACUGUUGAUAUGAGAUCCCAUUCUGUGAGAUCAAAAUUAUUAUCUUUACAUAUUGUACACACCAUUUUGAAGGAGCAUAUCGAUAUUUUCUUAAGUCGUGAUGUUCUUCUUUUAUCUACCAAUUCCAAUGAACAGAUAAGAUUAAUUAAUGCAGUAAGGCAGUACAUUAACUUGGCACUUUCUAAGAAUGCUGCUUCUGUCUUGGCUCCUGUUUUUGAAAUUUCUUUGGAAAUUUUCUGGCUUAUUAUUUCAAACUUAAGAGCUGAAUUUAAAAGAGAGAUACCCGUUUUCUGGGACGAAAUUUAUUUCCCAGUGGCAGAGAUGAAAACAUCUAGCCCCCACCAGAAGAGAUAUUUGUUAUCGAUAAUAGAAAGAUUAUGUAACGAUUCUCGUUGUAUUAUUGAAUUUUAUUUGAAUUAUGAUUGUGAUAGUAGCAUGCCAAACAUUUGUGAGAAAUUGAUUGAUUAUUUGACCAGAUUAUCGUUACAAAGAGUUGAUGUUACUCCACAACAGAAAUAUGCUUUCCGAGAAAAUAGAAGAAACGAGAUUUCAGUUUAUGACAUUAACAAGAUUUCCAAUCUAACAAGUAAAACUAUGUCAUCGAAACCACCAGAACCAGAAAUCUACAGUCUAUUCCCAUUAGAAUAUGCAUUGAAAAUGACAUCUAUUGGUUGUGCAGUUGCCUUUUUGCCUUCCUUAUAUUCAUGGGCACAACGUGGAUUGAAUAAUUCACCUACAAGAAAUCCUUCUGUUGUUGGAGGGGAUACAAACAAUGGAUCAUACUUGUCACUUAGAAAUAGAUCAGAUUCAACCAACACAUCAAUGAGUGCUUCUAGAAACCAUUCUUUUGUCAAUGGCGAAUCUCUUGCAUCUGAAAGUGAUAAUCCAGAACAGUUUGAAAAUCAAAAACAAAGAAAAAAAGCAUUGUUGGAAGGUAUUCGUCAAUUCAAUCAAAAAGCAAAAAAAGGGUUGAACUAUUUCAUUACAAAUGGAUUUCUUGAAUCUGAUGAUCCGGUUGUUAUUGCUAAAUUUCUUUUAGAAACUGAUGGAUUAGAUAAAGCUGUCAUUGGUGAAUAUCUUGGAGAAGGUGACGAAAAGAAUAUUGCUAUUAUGCAUGCGUUUGUUGAUGAAAUGGAAUUUGAAAACACCGAAUUUGUGGAUGCAAUGAGACGAUUCUUACAAUCAUUUAGAUUACCAGGUGAAGCACAAAAGAUUGAUAGAUUCAUGUUGAAAUUUGCCGAAAGAUAUGUUUUAGGUAACCCAGGUAUUUUUGCCAACGCAGAUGCUGCUUAUAUUUUGUCGUAUUCUGUUAUUAUGUUGAAUACCGAUUUACAUUCUCCACAAAUCAAAAACAGAAUGACUUUUGAUAGUUUCGUUAUGAAUAAUUCAGGAAUCGAUGAUGGGAAAGAUCUUCCAAGAGAAUUUUUGGAAAAGAUUUUCAAUGAAAUUCAAAGCAAUGAAAUUAAAUUGCAAUCAGAACAACACGCAGCAUUAUUAGCAGGUGAUAUUUCAGUUGCACCAAGCGGUGGUCAAUCUAUUAGUUUCUUUGGUGGACGUGAUCUUACACGUGAAGCAUAUAUUCACGCAUCCAGAGAAAUGGCUACUAAAACAGAGAAAUUAAUGAGAAAUUUGGGCAAGAAAUUGAGAACUGAUAGUCUGGAUGGAGUAUUUUAUGCUGCUACCAGUGUUUUACAUGUUAAGUCCAUUUUCGAUACCUUAUGGAUGUCUAUUUUGGCUGCUCUUACACCUCCAUUCAAGGAAUAUGACGAGGAUGAUGUAAGUAAAGUUUGUCUUGAAGGUAUUAAAUUAUCUAUCCGUAUUGCUUGUAUGUUUGAUUUAGACUAUGCAAGAACUUCAUUCAUUAGUGCAUUGGUUCAAUUCCAAAAUCUCAACAACUAUCAAGAAAUGAAACAAAAGAAUGUUGAAGCCGUUCACAUUAUGUUGGAUUUAGCUGUUUCUGAAGGAAACCAUCUUGGUGGUGAUGCAUGGAUACAAAUUUUGACAUCUAUUUCUCAAUUAGAGAGAUUGCAAUUAAUUGCUCAAGGUGUGGAUCAAGAUUCUAUUCCAGAUGUUGCCAUUGCCAAGUUAGUGACUAGAAAUUCGAUUGAAACCACCAGAACCAGCAGUAGUUUCUUUUCUUUCACAUCUUCACAAACACCAGCCCAAUCAGCUGCUAGUAAGUUCCACAAUCAACAUUUAUCAGCCGAAGUUGCCAAUUUAUUGACCAAGACCGAGUUGGAAGUUGCUAUUGAUAAAGUAUUUACAAAUAGUGCCAACUUAUCUGGUGAAAGCAUUGUUGAAUUUGUAAAGGCACUUUCUGAAGUUGCAAAAGAAGAGAUUGAUUCUUCUGGUCAAAGUGUUAACCCAAGAACAUAUUCAUUACUGAAAGUUGUAGAUAUUUGUUACUACAACAUGAAUCGUAUUCGUUUAGAAUGGUCACAUCUUUGGGCUGCAAUGGGAGAGACCUUCAAUGCUGUUGGUUGUCACACAAAUCCAGCUAUUCUGUUUUUUGCAUUGGAUUCAUUGCGUCAAUUAUCGAUGAGAUUUUUUGAGAUUGAUGAAUUGGCUCAUUUCAAGUUUCAAAAAGAAUUUUUAAAACCGUUUGAAUAUAUUAUUAUCCAUAACGAUUCACUUGAAGUUAAGGACAUGGUUUUGGAAUGUGUCAAUAAUAUGAUUCUUGCUCGUGCUUCACAAAUCAAAUCUGGAUGGAAGACUAUAUUUGGUGUUUGUACUGCUGCUGCCAAAGAAAACAAAGAAUCACUAGUAAUGAAAUCUUAUAAAAUGGCUAACUGGAUCAACAAAGAAUAUGUGGAAGAAGUUAGACAACAAGAUUCGUUUUCAGAUUUGGUUGUUUGCUUCACUGUAUUGGCCAAGAAUGAAAAGUUCCAAAGAAUUAGUUUAUUAUCAUUGGAUGUGUUGUCUAGAUUGAUUCACGAAAUUGCCCAAUAUACUGUUCUUAACGGAGCUCAUGAUUCCAACGGUAAAUCGAAAUCUAGUGACCCAGAGAAUAACGAAUUUUUGGUUAAAUUAUGGUUCCCUGUAUUGUUUGGAUUCCAUGAUAUUAUUAUGACUGGUGAAGAAUUAGAAGUCAGAUCCAGAGCAUUGACUUAUUUGUUUGAUGUUUUAAUGAAAUAUGGUGAGUAUUUUGAUCUUGAAUUUUGGGAUGUCAUUUGUCAGAACUUGUUGUUUCCAAUUUUCCAUGUUUUGAGUAAUCAUUGGGAAAUUGGACUCGAUGAUCUCAACGAUAAAUUAUCUGUUUGGUUAUCGACGACUUUGAUUCAGGCUUUAAAAAGUAUGAUUACUUUGUUUACUCAUUAUUUUGAUGCUUUAAGCAGAAUGCUCGAUGGAUACUUGGAGUUGAUAAUAUCUUGUAUUUGUCAAGAGAAUGAUACUAUUGCAAGAAUAGGUCGUGAAUGCUUAACUUCUUUGCUUACUGAAAAUGCUCAAAGUUUCAAUAAUGAACACUGGGGUAAGAUAAGCGAUGCUCUUGCCAACUUGUUUGAAUUGACAACUGCUAAGGAAUUGUUUACUUCUGAUCCACUUCGAAACAAGAACCCUGACGAAAGUUUUGGUGACAUGAGUAAUGAAAAUGGUCACGAUGAUAAUGCUGAUGAAAUAGAUGCAAAUGAUUCCAAGAGUAGUAUUAUUGAUGAUGCAGAAGAAAGAUUGAAGAAAUCCAAAGAGAAGUCUUCAAUUGUGGUCAAGAGUGUUUUGCAAUUAUUGUUGAUUCAAAGUUUAUCCGAACUAUUUGAAAAUGACGACUUUUAUGAAGGUGUACCAUAUGAUUACUUGUUGAAAAUGUCUGACUUGUUGAACAAUAGUUAUAAUUUUGCUAAAAAGUUCAAUGAUGAUUAUGAUUUGAGAGUCAGAUUAUGGAAUGCUGGUAUUAUUGAAAGAUUGCCAAAUUUAUUGAAACAAGAGUCUUCUUCCGCUGCUGUUUUCAUCAACAUCAUGUUUAGAAUGUACUGUGAUGAUGGUAAAGUUUCACCAGCUAACAAACAAACAUUGAUUAAUAAAGUUGUUCCAUUAUGUAACACUAUCCUUAAAAGAUAUUCCGAAUUGGAUGAAACUAACCAACAACGAAAUAUUUCCACCUGGAAACCAGUUAUUGUUGAGAUUUAUGAAGGAUAUGUUGAGUUGGAUGAUGAUGAUUUUAGAAAACAUGCUCCUGGUCUUUAUUCAUUGACCUUGAAAUUGUUUUCCAAGAGUAUUUCUGGAGAUUUAAGAAUGGCUUUGAAAGCAUUCCUUACAAGAGUUGGUGAAGAAUUUGUCAAAACAUCGACCAAUUGA